GACAAGGAUGAGGAGGAGAAGGACAAGGAUGUCCCCGUCCCCCCGGGGGACAUCCCGGUGGCCCCCAUCCCAUCCCGCCACGACCUCUCAGCCACCGAUUUCCUACGGCAGCUCGACGCCGAGAUCGGGCGCUCCAAGGCGGUGGCGGCGGCACAACGGCUCCGCGCUGGCAGCACAGGCCACUGCUGCCUACCCCCGCUUUGGUGGCCUUCGAGGGGACAACGUCACGGACCAGCUCGGCCUCGACUUCCAGCGCAUGCUGUGCCUCAACAGCACCCUCUUCGUUGCCGCCCGGGACCACAUCUACGCUUUCGACCUGGGGCAGGACAAGGGGAUGCUGUACCCUGAGAGGCACCUCACCUGGGAGACGCAGGACAGGGAGAACUGCGCAAUGCGGGGCCGGCUGCAGGACGAGUGCCACAACUACAUCAGGGUGCUGGUGCCCCACGACGCUGGCACCCUCCUGGCCUGCGGCACCAAUGCCUUCAGCCCCCUCUGCCGCAUCUACCAGGUGAGCAGCCUCGCGCAGGAGGGCGAGGAGGUGAGCGGCCAGGCCCGGUGCCCCUUCGAUGCCAAGCAGAGCAUCGUCGCCCUCUUUGUCGACGGCAGCCUGUACUCAGCCACAGUGGCCGACUUCCAGGCAAGCGACGCAGUGAUUUACCGCAGCCUCAGCCCCGGCCGCCCCCCGCUGCGCACCCUCAAGUACAGCUCCCGCUGGCUGCAGGAGCCCCACUUUGUCCAGGCGCUGCCCUAUGGUCCCUACGUCUACUUCUUCUUCAGGGAGGUCGCCGUGGAGCUCAGCGCCCUGGGCAAGGUGGUGGUGGCGCGGGUGGCGCGGGUGUGCCGCAAUGACCAAGGGGGCUCCCCACGGGUGCUGGAGCGGCGCUGGACGUCCUUCCUGAAGGUACGGCUGCAGUGUGCCAUCCCUGGGGACACCGUCUUCUACUUCGAUGUCCUGGAGGCGGUGACACCCCCCCGGGCCCUGCACGGGCGCCCCGCUGUCCUCGCCCUCUUCGGCACCCAGCCCAACAGCAUCCCCGGCUCUGCCGUCUGCGCCUUCUACCUGGCGGACGUGGAGCGGGCGUUCGAGGGACCCUUCGCCGAACCCCGCGGUACCGCUGGCACCUGGGCCCCAGUGCCCGAGGACAGGGUGCCCCGACCCAGGCCGGGCUGCUGCGCUGGGAUGGGACUGGCCGCCGGUGUUGUCACCUCCGGGGACUUCCCUGACGAGACAUUGGUCUUCGCCAAGGAGCACCCACUGCUGCACGGUGCUGUGGCACCCGCUGGCGGGCGGCCCCUCUUCACCCUGGCAUGCAAGGCCCUGCUGACGCAGCUGGCGGUGGACACGGGCGCGGGGCCACAGGGGAACCAGACCGUGCUCUUCCUGGGCGCUGAGGACGGGCGGGUGCUGAAGGUCCUGGCGGCCGCGCAGCACCCCCGGGCCACGCGGCACCCCGGCAGCACCCCGGCACCCGGUGACAGCCGAGAGCCUGGUGACACCGGGGACACCAGCGCUGAGACACUGCUGCUGGAGGAGAUCAGCCUCUACGACCCCAGGCGGUGCCGGGGGCCGCGGGGCGCCAGCCGGGUGCUGGGGCUGGAGCUGCACCCACCGGGCCGGGAGCUCUACGUCGCCUUCACUGGGUGCCUGGUGCGUCUGCCCCUGAGCCGCUGCGCCCGACACGGCGCCUGCCGCAGGAGCUGCCUGGCCGCCCGUGACCCCUACUGCGUCUGGCUGCCCCCCAGGGGCUGUGUCCCCUUCUCCGAGGACCUUCCGAGUGGCUUCGAGCAGGACGUGGAGGGAUCCCCUGGGAUCACUGGGACCUGCCAAGGGGUGCGUCAGGCCGAGACGGGAGCUGCAGCGACGGUGCCGGUGCCAGUGCUGGUGGGCUGCGUGCUGGGCGCCUUCACCCUGGGUGCCCUGGCUGCUGGGCUGCUGGCAGCCUGCUACCGUCGCCCUGCUGUCCCCAAGGGACCCCUGGAGUCCCCUGCCACCCCACGGCCCCUGGCCCAGCCACCUGCCCCCCGCCUCUACCCCCUGCUGCCGCCCCAGGGAGGGGCUGGGGGCCUGUGGGACCCCCCCGAGCUUCCCACCCCUGAGGCCACCCCGCAACCACCCACCAAGAUGCCCCAGGAGCGAGUGGCAGAACACCGACGUGGCCAGGCCACCCAUCUCAACACCCCAGGUUGCCCAGAGCCCCCCGGCCCGGGACCCCCACCCAAGGCCACCCUGGAGGAGCUGCUGCAGCGGCUGCACAGGACGGGGGGCUCGGGGUGGCCGGUGACCCCCCCAGCCACCAGCUCCUUUGCCAACCGGGUACAGCCGGGCGCCCCAUUCCCCAACCUUCCCCUGGCUCCCCGUGACGGGGCACCCCGGCGGCUGGAUGUGCCCCCUGACAGCCCCCCGCCACCCAGGCGACCCCUGGCACAAAGACACUCGCUGGGAGGGACGCCCACGAGACCACCCGGCCUGGCCCGGGGGCUUACCCGCAUGCACUCACUAGGGGCGCCGGGGGGGCCACCCUGGGGCCCGCGGCCCAGCACCCUGGAGCGCUCCCUCUCCAUGAAGCCCCCAGUGCUGCCCAAGCCCUUGCUGGUGCCGGCAGCCCCCGGGCAGCCCUGA